UUGUAGCUUCGAGAAGAAUUAAUGUGGUGCCAGGAUGGUGCGGCGAAUGAUGACGCAGGGAGAAAUAAACUUGCAGGUAUAGAGUAUACAGAUCGUGGUUUUUGAUCCGGUUCGGGGAGCACACUGGAAUUUCGGACUUUGUACCUCUGGAGUUUGGACUUUACCAUUCCAUCUCCUCUUUUUUCUAUUCAUGAUAUUUCUGCUACUUCCAUAGCAAAUCGAGAUCGAACUUAUGUCGUAUCAAGACCAAACCAGAGAAAAUGAGGUUGGAAAUGAAAAAGAAGAACCCUACACGGCACGGUAAGUUAUCUCAAUUCUCCUCCAUGACACCCUGUGUUCCACAAGCUCUCAACCAACCAACACUCCACAUCAAUACUUCCACCAUCAACCCAUCAUCAAACCCUCGGAUAUCUCGGGUCCUUCAAACAAAACUUAUACGUAGUAUACCAGCUCGCAUCAAACCGCAUCAAGAAGGUCAACAGAACAGUAGCUUCCUUCCAAGUCACCCCUCCACUAGCUCUUCCGGAGUAAAAUCAAACAUGCGGCGCAGCGGGAACUACUGUAGAUACGAUAAUCCCGCGUAUCACUAGGUAAUCCCGAACCAACAGUAGUACAAUUCCUUCUUUACCCUUUACCCAAUAUGGGUAAAGAAGCCUGUUUAGUGAGUGCCUCUCCCGUACAUUACAGUAUAGUAGUCAGCAUUACAGUAGUCCCUUCCGAGCUCCCGGGAAGCGAAGCGAAGCCACCCACCAACAACAGUAGACGUCAGAUCAGGCCAGGUCGGGUCCGCUACUCGCACUACCUACACCAUACAAAAUACAAUACGCGAAACCGAGCUCACCACUCUGCCUACCUAAGUGUGGUACGGAGCAAAACCACCUACCUAUCCAUGCGAGAUGGAGAUAUGCACACGAGCAGGACCACAAGCACGAACUCUCCCCGCCCCCUAGCUCGCACCCCCGCUUAGAGACAUGAAUCCACAUUUGACAAUGACACAUUAUUGACACAUCGACACCUUCCCAUCUAAGCCUGGCGUCGACGAUCUCCCUUGGUAUAUCUUAUCAGGAGCUUGUUCGUGAUUGGCAAAGUCUUGAUCUAAAGCUUGGUUUGGGAUAUGCGGAUCAUCUAGGUAAUCAUUUUUUUGAGAUUAUGUUAAUAAUGAAUUACGGGCUUGGCUGCUUUUGCAGCUGCCGUUUUUGGGAGAGUGAGAAUGAGAAUGAGAGAUGAGGGUGAGAUUGAGAUUGAGAGUCUGACUGUUUGAGGAGGGGAGGUAGGCGCUGUGUUUACGCCGCAAUGGGGACUUGGCGGGCGAGAAUGAGAGGGGUGAUUGGAGGAUGAUUGGAUUGGGUAUGGGCGAGAGAGGGUGAUGAGAGGGUCUGAGGGCUUUGGGGAUUAGGAUCUGGGAGGCGAGACUGAAGGGAAGGGUUGGAGGUCGUGAUUGUCCUAAAGGAGUUAGUGCAUUGUGGAUACAGAUUGAAGAGUGGAUAUAAUAUGGACUAGAUAAUUGGGGAAGAAUACGGACGAGAGGCCGACAAUGAAGCCGAGGCUGCACCUAGCUGGAACACGAAGGUCUGCAUGGGCAUUGAGCGGGUUGUUGUUGUUGGUAAUUCGGAAGUGAUUUUGCUUGAUUUGAUCAACUGGGUCGCAGGUAUGCACAAUUGGGCACACUCCAGCCCAGCCGUCCCAAUCCAACCAUGUCCAACCUAGCCAACCUCGCCCUCGACGGCGGCGACCCCCGCCAAGGCGAGAAGAAAAACCCCAACCAAUACGCCCUCGACAACGGCCACGAAGCCGGUCUCGCAAAAGGCUUCACCAUCGAAGCAGCUCAAGUCCACAACGACCCUGACAUCCUGUUCGAAGAGUACUUGCACUAUGCGAAGAUCACGCGAGCCGAGGAGCGUGCGUAUGAGAAGAACAAUAUCAAGAGGGAUGAGCCGUUCUCGCUUGGGGGGAUUAUUAAGAAUCGGUUUUCGAAGGGGCAUAAGCAUGAGAUUAAUGCGGUUGUUGAGGGGGGUCAGAUUACGACUACGCAUAAUGAUUGGUCUACCGUGACUGAUCUGGAAUGGAGACAAGCCUCACGUGCUACGCGAACUGCAUCUUGGGGAUCUAUCUUCUUCCUCAUCACAACCGAUAUUCUCGGUCCUUCUAGUGCUCCCUGGGCUUUCUCAAACACUGGAUAUGGACCUGGAGUCGCACUCUACACUGUUUUCGGUCUCAUGGCUUCGGUCUCAGGGUGGUAUGUCUGGGGUGUUUACAUGCACACCGACUCCGACCGCCACCCCCUCCGCGACUUCGGCCAAGCCUUCUUCCGCGUCUACGGCCCCUCCAUGCGCCACCUAAUCAACGUCCUCCAAUCCCUCCAAAUGAUCAUGCUCGUCGCGGUCCUCAUCCUCUCCGAAGGCGGCAAAGCCUCCCAAGUCUCCAUCGGCCGCAACGGCGAGCACGGCAACGGCCUCUGCUUCGUCAUCUGCCUGCUCAUCAUCGCCCUCCUCGGCAUGGUCCUCGGCCAGAUCAGAACCCUCCAGCGGUUCGGCUGGCUCGCUAACUUCUCGGUUCUGACGACUGUCGUGACGAGUUUUCUGGCUAUUGGUGUGGCGGCGACGAGUGAGCCGAAUUAUGCGGCGAUGUUUAGCUCGUUUGGGGCGACGACUGCGGUGCCGUUUGGGGAGGUGAAUUUCCCCAAUGGGACGGUGGGGAGCCAUAUUCCGAUUAGGAAGUUUGCGGGGACUCCGGAUUAUGGGUAUGCGUCUGGGGGUGUGGGGUUCUUGGGUUCUUUCCAGGGAAUCAACAAUAUUAUUUACGCUUAUGGAGGAGCUAUGCUUUUCUUCAAUCUGCUGGCUGAGAUGAGGAAUCCUUGGGAUUUCUGGAAGGGAAUGAUUGUUGCAGAUCUCUUCAUCUAUUUCGUUUACAUGUUCUUCGGUAUCUUUCAAUAUUCGUACCAGGGACAAUAUACUUUCAGUUCGGCUAUUCAGAGUAUCACGCCUUUCAACUACCGAACUGCUGGUAACAUCUUGGCUAUUAUGGGUGGUCUCAUUGCAGCGGCCUUGUAUGGUAACAUCGGCAUCAAAGUCAUCUACAACAACGUCCUCAUGGAGCUUUUCAACUUCCCCCCUCUAACCUCCAAACGCGGCAAAAUCGCCUGGGUGUUCGUCGUCCCCGUCUACUGGGGAGUCGCAUACGUAAUCGCCACCGCCGUCCCCAACAUCGGCGACAUCUCCUCCCUCGUCGGCGCCUUCUGCAUCGGCAACUUCACCUACACCUUCCCCGCACUCCUCAAACUCGGCUUCGACAUCAAACUCCACGCCAUGCUCCCCGAAGAAACCUUCGAUCCCACGACACGCAAGUACACGCGCUUAGAUGGCGGCUUGAAACGCUGGUGGAGAGGCUAUAGGAAGAGUUUCUGGAUGAGUACCUUUAAUGUGGUGUAUUUUUUGGGGAGUCUGGUUGUGUGUGGACUGGGUUGUUAUGCGGCGAUUGAGGCGCUGAUUAGUGCGUUUGGGGAUGGGGGGACGACGGCGACGCAUUUUAGUUGUACGAGUCCUUUUGCCGGGUAGCGGGGGGUUUUGAGGAGGUGGUAUGUUGCGCAGGAGAUGAGUGAGAUGGUGAUUAUGAUUGUGAUUAGGGUACGGGAAGGAAGUGGAGAUGGUGGGAGGGUGAGGACGCAGGAGAGUUGUACGCAUGUGCUGUUUGGUCUGUCCCUUUGGUGCACCGAAGUGUAGAAAUACAUGCUCAGGAUAGAUGAAUA